UGACAGCACCGGCGCACAUUUUCGCCGUCGGGAGUUUCGGAGCGUCGUGCGGGUUUGUUGCGUUGUGUUCGUGGUGUUUUCGUGUGUCGCUCCCGUCAAUUUAUAUCCAGGAAAGCAUAAUUGCACCAUGUCGAAACGAAGGCGGCUACGAAAGGCGCAAGAAUCAUCAGUGAUGCUUUUAGAGCACCUCGCAACCGAGGGCCUUGAAGCUAGCAGCUCCGACGACGACGACGACGACCGCCACAUUUAUGCAAACAAGUUCGCCGAGUUGUUCGCCGAGCAUCUUGAAGUGCCGAAGGUCAAAGGCUAUGUUCAGAAGGUAGUCAGCGAUUAUUCCGACAAACAGUUUCGCAGCAACUUCCGCCUCCCGCGAUCAGCCUGUAACCAGCUGGUCAAACAGUUCGAAGCGUCGGAAUGUUUUCCGUCUGACAGGAACCAUGGCGGUGUGCCCGUCAAAUCGGCAGAGGAGCACAUUCUCUCAUUUCUCUGGUAUGCUGUCAACAAGGCCUCAAUGAGGGAGGUUGCUGUGCUUUUCAACAUGGCAGAGUCUACGCAGUUUGCUGUGAUUGAUAGGGUGCUCGGCUUUCUUUGUGCCAUUGCCCCAGACGUCAUAUACUUUGGAAUGGACAAAGAGGCAUUAGCCAGGGAAUUCGAGAAUCUUGCAGGGUUUCCGAAUGUAAUAGGGUGUAUCGAUGGCACCUAUAUUCCCAUGCGCUGCCCAGUGAACAAGACAAGGUCUACCUAUAUAAACAGGCAUGACCAGGUGUCAUUAACAAUGCAGGGCAUCUGCAACUCCAAAGGCAGGUUCCAAGACGUCUUUACUGGCCCACCAAGCAAGGUUCAUGAUGGUCGUGUGCUGAAACUAUCAACUGUUCAGCAAGAUUUGCCCACACUUUGCCAGGUGAACAGGUAUCACAUCCUUGGAGAUGCCGCCUACCCAAUUAGGGAACACCUUCUUACGCCGUUUAAGAAUUAUGGCAACAUGACGCAAGCAAAGAGCAAGUACAAUACUUGCCAUGCAUCUACAAGGGUAGUCAUUGAAAAUGCAUUCGCCUUAUUAAAGCAGAGGUUUCGUCAGCUUCGCUACAUCGAAUUCACCACAGUUGACAAAAUAACACAGUUCAUUGUAGGAUGCUGCGUGCUCCACAACAUAUGCCUCGACAAUGGCGACAUAGAUGUGGAGGAUCUGUUGACCGACGAAGAGAGGGAAGAAAGAAGCCAGGAUACACUGCUGCGCAUCAGACAGGACCGCGCAGAGUUGGCUGCUAACAGGCAGCCACAGACUGACCGUGAAAGUGUGCUUCGCCGUCUGGGUGAAUUGAAAAGAAAUGCUUUGGUGGGGCAGCUGUAGGUAACGAGGGAGAAAAUAAAGGAAUUGUUGGUCAUUUAUCUUGAACCAGAAAGAAUGUUAGUGCUUUACUCGGUUUACUAAUCCUGAAACAUUUUUUCUCUUUUCUGAAGUGUGCAAGUUUCACACAAAUUGAUGUCAUA